UUGCCCUCAAGAGUGAUGAGUCGAGUGAGUAUCUUCCAGACCCAUAAGAAGUGAAGAAGUGAAAGGUUGAUCCUCUGAAGAAAAGUUGAGGAGCUGUUUCCACAAAAAGUUUGAUAUUGGCAAUUUCGUGCAGUUUAUAUUAGCUUCCUAGGGCGGGCUACAACGAAGCACCACAAAGUGGGUGGCUUAAAACAACUGAAAUUUAUUCUCUCAGUCUGGAGAUUGGAAGUCAGAAACCAAAGUGUCAGCAGGGCCACACUCCCUCCGAAGGCUCCAGGGAAGAUCCUUCCAGCUUCUGGUGGUUGCAGAAUGGAGAUCUCCUCUCAUCAGUCUCACCUCCUGCAACAACUGAAUGAGCAGCGCAGGCAGGAUGUAUUUUGUGACUGCAGUAUUCUGGUUGAAGGGAAGGUCUUCAAAGCCCAUCGAAAUGUCUUAUUUGCUAGUAGUGGCUACUUUAAAAUGCUUCUUUCUCAGAACUCCAAGGAGACAAGUCAGCCAACCACAGCGACAUUUCAGGCCUUCUCCCCUGACACCUUUACAGUUAUCCUGGACUUUGUCUAUUCUGGCAAGCUCUCUCUCACAGGUCAGAAUGUCAUAGAAGUGAUGUCAGCUGCUAGCUUCCUUCAGAUGACUGAUGUCAUCAGUGUAUGUAAGACCUUUAUUAAAUCUUCGUUAGACAUUAGUGAGAAAGAAAAGGAUCGCUAUUUCAGCCUCUCUGAUAAAGAUGCCAAUUCUAAUGGUAUAGAACGCUCCUCUUUUUAUAGCAGUGGCUGGCAAGACGAAAGCAGUUCUCCUCGUCCUCACCUAAGCCCGGAUCAAGGAUCAGGUAUAAUAAGCGGGAAAUCUUGGAGUAAGUAUAAUUACCAUCCAGUGUCCCAAAGGAAUACUCAGCAGCCUCCGGCCAAGCAUGAACAAAGGAAAGAUUCCAUUAAAAAGUCCAAACAUUUGAGGUUGUCACAGCCUUCUGAAAUGGCUCAUUAUAAGUCAAGCAAACGAGAAGCACGGACAUCUGAUUCUUCCAGCCAUGUUUCCCAGUCUGAAGAACAGGCACAGAUGAAUGUGGAAAUGGACUCUACUCCUGUUAGCUAUCAGUAUAGUCAAGGAUCUGAUGUCACGUCGAGAAGUUUUCCAGAUGACCUGCCCAGGAUGAGGUUCAAGUGUCCGUACUGCACACACGUGGUGAAGCGGAAGGCAGACCUCAAGCGCCAUCUUCGUUGUCACACUGGAGAAAGACCCUACCCCUGUCAAGCUUGUGGGAAAAGAUUUAGCCGGCUCGACCAUCUAAGUAGCCAUUUUCGAACAAUUCACCAGGCAUGCAAACUUAUCUGCAGAAAAUGCAAGCGCCAUGUGACUGACCUAACAGGUCAGGUGGUACAGGAAGGAACGCGGCGCUACAGACUCUGCAAUGAGUGCCUUGCUGAGGUUGGCAUAGACAGCCUCCCCAUUGAUCUGGAGGCUGAGCAGCACCUUAUGUCCCCAGCAGAUGGAGACAAGGAUUCCAGAUGGCACAUGGGUGAAGAUGAGAACAGAUCCUACGUGGAGAUAGUCGAGGAUGGGUCUGCCGACCUAGUCAUACAACAGGUGGAUGACAGUGAAGAAGAAGAAGAAAAGGAAAUAAAGCCCAACAUCAGGUAGCUGGAAUGUGAACCAACAGAGCCUACAGCUUUCACUGACAUUCUUGUGUCACUCUUUCCACAGUCAGAGUCUAAUCAACAAAUUAUCAGAUCAACUUAAAAGUAAUGACCUGACGCCACUUGCAUGCUUUCUGAACAGGCCAUUGUAUCCAUUCUGAACUUUACCGCCCUAAAAUCUGUUGCUGCACUAGAAAGACCUAGCUUGAGUUGACACGCUGGAUGAGCAAUUAAUCCUCUUACUUUUAUUGUGUUACAGAAAUACCUUUUUUUAAAAAAUAUUGAAAAACCUACUUAGGGAACUUUUUUCAAAGAAAGUAUUUUCAAUAAAUUCACCACAACCAAACUUUA